UUUCAAAAUUAUCUGUGCAGAAUUUGGAAAAGUCAUAUAGUAUUGCUUGCUUUUGUAUAAAAUCUGUGAUAAUACUAAUCUUAGAAAAGACAUCUUGUUCCAGAAAAGAAAAUAUUUAUUUCAUCAAAAUAGUUUAGGAUGAUUAAAAAUAAAAAAACCCACUGGAUAUAGCAAAGGCCUUUCUGGAUUGAUAGUGGCAAAUUAAAAGUUCUGGAAAGCCCACAAGUAGGAUGUCCCUGUGAUAACAUCCUUCAACAACUAGAAUUGAGAGCCAGACAUAAAUUGGCUUGAAAAUGAGUUCACAUCCAUUAAUACAGAUAGACCUCAGGUUAUGAUAGCAAUUGGGACCAGAAUUACCAUCUGUAAGUAAUGAGGUUGUAAAGUGCAAUGUAAUGUGACUUCAUCACAUUAGUCCAGUUGUCGUAAUAUUUUAGUAAAUAGAUUUGGUAGUCAGUUUCAGUUUGCUUAUCUUGCAGUAUUUUGCUAACCCCUUUUUAGAGAGUCACAGUUGUUAUGACAGAUCACUGUGAGUAUUGCAAAAUUCUGAUUGUAAUUAAAUUGUUUUUCUGUAUCGUUUUCAAGGUGAGAAUUAUAUUUAUAUUGCAUAGUUAUUUCAGCAUUAACAAUCAGUAAUUUAGUCUAAUAUGUAUAAGAAUAUCAUUCCACAACCUUCAAUUUAUAUGGUCACCCAUUUCACCUAAGCAACUUUGGAUGGCAAAAUGUGAAGAUAAUAAUCCAAAGUGAGAAAGAAAAUAAGAAUUUGCAGCAAAAAUAAAUCAACAAAAUAGUUUGUAUUUCUUCUUCAUCUAUUGCUAAUCUUUUGCCUCUUUCACAAGCAUCUGAUGAAAUGGUAAGUUUGUGUUUGCUUCCACUACUUCAGAUUGUUAACAGGCACUCCGUAUAUGUGUAUGUAUACGUACAUACAUACAUAUACACACACAUACAGACAUAUAUACUAAGUAUGUUUGUAUUGCAUUCUGAUACAUCAUUAAUUUAAUUAUAGUUUACUAAAAUAUAAUUGUGUGACUUUACACAUAGAUCUAAACCAGACAUGUCAAACUCGCGACGUCAUGUGACAUCGUGCAAAGUAUCGGGCCGGUUUUGCCAUUGCCGGCAACGGGGUGGGCAUGGCUUCCAGAUGACGUAUCCAGCCCGUGGGCCAGCAGUUUGACACCCCUGAUCUAAACUAUAAGAUUACUAUUUUGGCUGUAUUCACAUAAGACAUCGAGCCACAGUUAAUGUCAAGUCUUUCUUGAAUUGAAUCCUUAGUGUUCACAUAAUUUUCUUCACAAUAGUGCAUAAGUGGUUUGCCAUUACUUUCUUCUGAGAUUUUAUUUUUAUUUUCCAAACCUGGGAUGUACCUGGUGUUUUAUUCAAAUAGUAAUCUGAUGCACACUGCCACCUAGUUAGCUGAUCUAUAAUAAGCUAACCAAAUUAUAGUUUAUUGGGUUUCAAGAAACCAAAUGUUAUGAAUUUACUGGAAGCUAAAGUAUGGAACCUUCAAAACUUCAUUUAUUGCUAUUUAUCUGUAUGACUUUUUUUUAAUGACAUUCUUAGUUAAUCACAUUCUUCUGGUUAACACAUUCCACUUAGUUAUGGUUUGCUUAACUGGGCUUAUAAAAUAAAUUACAAUGGGAGGGGUUCAUUCAACAUGCUAAGUCAUGAGUUGCUACAUAUAUAAACCAGAAUGACUAAAUUCACACAAUAUAGUAAACCAAUACUAAACAAACAACAUUUAGCAUGUUGACUGAAUUCAGCUAUUGUAUAUAGAGCUCACUCCUCAUUUUGAUGUUUCAUUUGAUUGCUACCAGAUUAUUCUGAAUUGAUGGAGCAAAACCAAAAACUAUAUAGCCAGCUGAGCCUCUUCGAUCUGGUUUACUUUUGAAGCAUUGGAUUAUAACUCAAAUUCCCAACUUUUAGUUGGCUGGUAAUUCUGAGAGUUAUGAAUCAAAUUCUGCUGGAGACACAAGCUGAGUUUCUUCUGAUCUCAAAGCACAGUGGGACGACCAGGCAUGGCCACAAGCACAGUUGCAGAUGAACAUCCAUGGACCUUACAAGAGUUAAACACCUUCUUCUCUCUAUCUCUUCCCCUGGAAAUGCCUUCUGAUAUCCACAUUAGUAUUGUGAGACAAGCACAGGGAACUUUUGGACAUGACUUGUCGCCUUGCUAAUACCUUAAAGAGAAAUGGUAUAAAAAAGGGAGACCGAGUUGCUAUCUAUAUGUCUGUAUCUCCAAUGGCAGUGACUGCCAUGUUGGCUUGUGCCAGAAUUGGUGCUGUUCAUACAGUUGUAUUUGCUGGAUUCAGUGCAGAAUCUUUAGCAGGGAGAAUAAAUGAUGCUAAAUGUAAAGCAGUGAUCACCUGUAACCAGGGAAUCAGAGGAGGACGGAUCCUAGAACUGAAAAACACCGUGGAUGAAGCUGUAAAGAACUGUCCAAGUGUCAAGUGUGUCUUUGUAGCCCAGAGAACUGACAGCAAAAUCCAUACAUGCAGUCAUGAUAUUCUCCUUGAAGAAGAGAUGGCUAAGGAAGCAUUGGUUUGUCCUUCUGAAAUUAUGGACAGUGAGGAUAUGCUUUUUAUGCUUUAUACUUCAGGAAGCACAGGAAAACCUAAAGGAAUUGUUCAUACCCAGGCUGGCUAUCUGCUUUAUACUGCCAUAACACAUAAGCAUGUUUUUGACCUCAAACAAGAUGACAUUUUUGGAUGUGUAGCAGAUAUUGGUUGGAUCACAGGACACAGCUAUGUUGUAUAUGGACCACUUUGCAACGGAAGCACCACAGUUUUGUUUGAAAGUACUCCUGUUUAUCCAGAUCCAGGUCGCUAUUGGGAAACUGUGGAAAGAUUAAAAAUUAACCAGUUUUAUUGUGCUCCAACUGCAUUACGUUUGUUGCUGAAGUAUGGUGAUGAAUAUGUGAAGAAAUAUGACAGAUCUUCUCUUACUACUCUUGGAUCAGUGGGAGAACCAAUAAAUCAUGAAGCUUGGCACUGGUACUACAGUGUGGUAGGAGACAAAAGGUGUACCCUUGUGGACACUUGGUGGCAAACAGAAACUGGUGGCAUUUGUAUUGCUCCUCGGCCUUCAGAAGAAGGAGCUGAGAUCAUUCCGGCUAUAGCAAUGCGGCCUUUCUAUGGAAUCAUCCCAGUGCUAAUGGGCGAGAAUGGAAAAGUUUUAGAAGGCAAUGAUAUCUCUGGUGCUCUCUGCAUUGCACAACCCUGGCCUGGUAUAGCACGAACUAUCUAUGAAGACCAUCCACGUUUUGUAGAAGCUUAUUUCAAUGCUUACCCAGGAUAUUAUUUCACAGGAGAUGCUGCUUAUAGAACUAAGGAAGGUUAUUAUCAGCUAACAGGGCGAAUGGAUGAUGUUCUAAACAUCAGUGGACACAGGCUUGGAACUGCAGAAAUUGAAGAUGCCAUGGAUGAACAUCCUGCAGUUCCAGAAACAGCUGUGAUUAGCUAUCCUCAUGAUAUCAAAGGAGAAGUUGCAUUAGCUUUCAUAGUGUUAAAAGAUGACAUGGCAGAUAAAGAUAUAAUUAUCAAAGAGGUAAAGGCAAUAGUUGCUACCAAGAUAGCAAAAUAUGCUGUUCCUGAACAUGUUCUAGUAGUGAAACGUCUUCCCAAAACUCGAUCAGGGAAAAUCAUGAGACGGUUGCUACGGAGAAUAGUGACAGAUAAUAUUAGUGAUAUGGGAGAUAUUACCACACUAGAUGAUCCCAGUGUCAUAGAGGAAAUACUUGAAAUGUAUGAGAAAUACAAACUUAAGCACCCUACUCUAUGAUGAAUGGAUGAUUGUGAAGAUGAGUUCUGUUAACAAGUUGAAGAAGCAAAAGGAACUAUCAGUUUUAUUCUUGAUAUAUUAAAGAGCUAUACUUAUUCAUGUAAAAUCCAAAUAUUUUUUUCCUGAAAAGAAUGUAUUGUAACAGUUUAUCUCUUGCUACAUUGAAUUUAUAUUUUAUCUUUCUUUGAAAGCAUGGAAAAAUCAUUUUCAAACUGCUAUUUAAGACAUAUUCUGCCUUUGUUAAACAGAGUGUGGAAACUUAAGGAGUAAGUUUGAAUUUAGCCUUAAUAUUUUUGCCAAAGAUAUAAAGCAUUCUUUUAAAAUCAGUCUUACUGUACUUUUUUCCUAAUUUUGUCUUAUCAGAUGAACUGAAGCUCUCCAUACUUUAAAUUAUGUGAAUUUCUUUAAAAAAACACAGUGAUCUUUUUUGUAUGAUACAAUUUUCAGUUUACAAAAAUUGAAAGCCAAAUUAAAGUCAAAACUGUUUAUCACUACUUAUGUAUAACGUGGCAAAUUAUGGUUGAUUGUAGUUGGACAAACUGAAUUGUUACAAUGUUGCAUUUGCAUAUAAUUAUGAACAGGCAUAUAAUAUUCUUAUUAAACGUAUAUUUUUAUA